AACUGGAAGUUUUCAAUGACAUUUUAGAUAAUAUCGGAGUGAUGGAUAGAAAUUAUUCUGGAAUAUUGAUAAUGGGUGAUGAAAGAUCUGGUAAAUCUAGACUGCUCGAUGCUUACGUCAGCAUUGCUAAAAAUAGACAAAUAAAUGUUAUCCAACUUCCUCUGCACUAUUCUUAUUCAGAAAAGGAAUUCACAGUGAUUUAUUAUAUUAUUUUACUGAUACUAAAUGCAGAAGAUUGCAAGUGCAUUAAAGAUCGCGAAAGAAUAUUGAAAAAGAAAUUGAGUUCGUUUCUACCCUCGAAUGAAUUUUGUUACUUAAAUACUCUAAUGAAAGUUUCCUUUCCUCUUUCGAAUGAGUAUUGUGCAGCUGAUCAUUCGCAACGUUAUGUCAAAAUGAGAGAAAUUUUCAACCUUAUUUUAAAUCAAGUAUGUGACGCUUACAAUUAAAUAAAUUUUAACGAAAUUUUUCAUGUAAAAUUUUUAUAUGCUACAGAGUAAUAAAAUGUGUAUAUUUUUGGACGA